AUGGCGCCAAAACAUUUCACAGAAGAUGGAACUCAGAAAAUAACAUUUCAAGAACUGGAAUGCUCCCUCUCUCUCGUCGGUGAGGUACAGCAACAACCAAUUUAUUACGCUAUAUUCAACAUUGUCCUCUCCAUCACAGCAUUUCUUGGCAAUUCAAUCAUCCUUGUUGCCCUUCACAAGGAAUCAUCCCUUCAUCCACCUUCUAAACUCUUGUAUCGUUGUCUAGCAGUAACUGAUCUUUUGGUUGGUCUUGUCAGCCAGCCUUGCCAUGUUUCUUAUUGGAUGUCCUUGGUUCAGGAACACUGGAGUCUUUGUCCAUACGCGAGGGACGCAGCUUACAUAACAAGCUAUGCAUUAUGCGGAGUGUCUUUGUCUACGAUGACGGCCAUAAGCGUGGACAGACUUCUCGCUCUGUUAUUGGGGCUGAGAUACAGACAAAAGGUAACUUUGAAGCGCACAUAUGUCAUUGUAGCUACCCUUUGGAUCCUAUCUAGUGUCACUGCAUCAUUCUUCAUUUUGAACAACCUUUUUACCAUUUGGGCUGGCCGUAUUUUUAUACCGUCUUGCCUUGUAAUUUCAGUUGGUUCUUACGCAAAGAUUUUCCGCACUCUCAGUCAUCACCAGACUCAGGUACAAGAUCAUGUUCAACAACAGCCGAACCAACCAAAUGCACUGAACAUGGCGCAAUACAGAAAGGCAGUGUAUAGUGCACUGUGGGUGCAGUUAGCAUUAGUUGUUUGUUAUUUGCCCUAUGGUAUAAUGGAAAUUGUGACCAGUCAUAGAAAAACCUAUUCAUCCCAUUCAGUAGUUAGUAGAGAAAUAGCAAUCAUCUUAGUUUACUUUAACUCCACUUUAAAUCCGUUCCUUUAUUGCUGGAAGAUUUCUGAGAUAAGACAAGCAGUAAGACAGACAAUCAGACAAGCGCUUUUUUGUCUAUGGCGUUAGACUCUAUUCGAGUGAAUUUUCAAUUUUUUUUAUUCCAAACCAAACUUUAUCAGUUACAGUUGCUCCAAGUAGUCGCUCGUAGGAUACUUCCCUGUAUUGUUAACAAUUGUUGACCUAGAAUAUUUACCGAACCGCGAAGCGGCGGGGUAAAUAUUUACCAUUUUCACCGAUUCUGAAGUAAAUAAUUGUAACAGUUUCAGUUAAUUUAUGUUUCACGAUUUUAGCAAAAUGCAAUCGUAGAAUAAAAUUCAUGCUAAUUACUUAAUUGGUGAGGACCAUCGGAGGACACAGAAAAAUGUCUCCGCAAUUCCGUGUUUCUUGUUUACACUCAUAAAACAGCAAAAAAACUGCUCACAAUCAAAACAAAAUUCGCUAUUUCAAAUAAGUCAAACGUUUUUCGCGUUACUGCAUGUAUACAGGAGCCGCCGUGUCAGCGAUGUGGUCAUAGCCUCGAAUUUGGUAUUAUUAUUUACGAAAUAUAAUUCUUAAGUGUGAAUAUGUUUGUUCCUUUAGCUGUUAGGCAAAAUUACAGUCAACGCUGGAAAUAAAAUUGAUCAUAGCUGGUUCUGUGACACUCGCGCAUGUCAAUUGUUUCCCCGAGAUGAAUUUGAUUGCAUAAAAAAGAGAAAAAGGAAUUGAACAUAGUCACUUUCAAUGUCUGUAAAUAUUCUUGAAUCUUAUAACGCAUAAAUAAAAAAGCCGCAAUCACCUGUCAUAUGUUUAAAAGUUAUUUUCCUCAUCAAAAUUAAAAUUAUUUUCUUCCUAUUUUUAUCUUGGCAUUUGCAAGUCAGAUUCUCACUCUUAAGAAAAAAAAAAGAUGGAGUUUAUUAAUAAAUAAUGGGAUUGUUUAAAUUAUCUUGGAAUCUUUGAACGCAAAAGUAUUUUACAAAUGCCAUGUAUUGGGAGAUUACCAAGUUUUAAGAAUUUUCCAUACCAGCAACAGUUUCAGCCUGGACUUUCUCUGGCAAGUUUUAAUUUCUUAUGUUUGCAAUUGACAGAAAUAAGUUUUCAAAUUUUUACGGGUUAAACUCUCUAUCUAUUAAGAGAAAAAAAGUAGAAUAAAUAAUUUUUAUCAAAUGCAGUUUGCCCUAAGAUCUUUUUACUCAUACUGUGAGGUAAGAAUGCCACAGAUGUCUUCACAUGUUUAUCUCGCGUCAGUUUCUUGGACCGAUUGAAAACGUUGGUUAGAAAUUUUAUCUUCAGUUUCCCGGAAAUGAGAAUGAUUCAAGUCUCAACUUUACAUAACGGUAUCUUAUUUUAUUUUGUAUGGUUUGUCUGGGUGAAAAAGGACAAUUUGUGGCGCCAAGAAAUGGUAAUUAAACAGAUGUCUGUCUAUGAAGUUAUAACCACACAUUUGUCUCCAUGCUUGCCUUGCUUUUGUUAUUCCAACCUGAGGCACACGAAAAAUUGUGUUAUUAAAAUCAGGAACGGGGAAAGGGGAACGGAAGACGGGGGUAGAAAGUACAGCGGCAAUCCGCAUAAAAUGACGGAAGUCAACACACAAAAAGAGUCUGAACACCAGCUUUGAGCAAGCGUGCUUCGAAAUACCGUCCUCAGAGCAAUCGUUAAGUGAUGGGCGAUAAGGGAAGAUUUAUUGAAGAAUUAUGCGCGAUUUUUCACUACAAAAAUAUUGCUUACUCUGAUAUAAAUUACAGUUGCAUUAAAAGUUAGGUCUUUGGAGAAAUGCGAGUCAGAAACUUAAUUAAAGGCGGUAAAGCAAUUUAUGUCACAUAAACAUUACUGUAGAUAUGAAUUUUAGAUACAACCUUUAGAUGCUUUUCCCAUCUUUACCUUCAUGUUGAUGUCUUUUAGUGGCACGAAUCGCAAGGUCUUAUUUAAGGAUAUACUUGUUUCUACUCUGCAAGGCUGGUGCCUCUUCAGAACACUGUGUCUGCAUCAGUUCAUAUGAACAAGGACGUUUUAUGCGUGGUGCAAACGCACGUCUUAAGUUAUUCAUAAUCGCUGCAUUUAGAAAAGUAUUGAUGUCAUCUUAGAAAACAGCAACAAAUGAAAAAAGGAACCUUCAUGACCUUGUUGUAAGAUCAUUGGGAGGAGUUUUGAAAAAAUAUGCAAUGUGGUUACAUUUCAUAUUUGAUCGUUGAAAUGUUUAGUAGCCCACGAUAGACUCUCGGAUACUUGCCCUUCCGAUGAUCCGAUUUCUAUAGCGCUUGCAAUCUUUAUCAGAAUAGAAAUAAAUUUUGAAAUAAAAGAUCGAGAUGGAUAAUUUCUUUCGUCAUCUGUGAUGCUUGCUCUGACGACCGAGUUGAGAUAGUGCUCUGUUCCACGUUCUCUGUUCCCCAUUUCCCCUUUCUCGUUGCCCGUUGGCCCUUCUCCGUUGCCCGUCACCCGUUGCCUGUUUCCCGUUGCCCGUUGCCCAUUGUUCAUUGCCCGUUACCAGUUCCUCGUUCCCCGUUCCUCGUUUUAGUAACAUUUCUUGCAAGUCACCGAUAAACGGCAGGCAAAAAGAACACGACACUACAAUUAUGGCCACAACAAACGCAACAGCCGGUGUAACUCAGGCGAAAACAUUUAAAGAACUGGCAUGUUCUCCAUCUUUUGCUGGUGGAUUACAACAACAAUCAAUAUGUUUCUCAGCAAUUAAUAUUUUUUUCUCCAUCACGGCACUUCUUGGAAAUUCUUUCAUCCUUGUUGCCCUUCACAAAGAAUCUUCCCUUCAUCCGCCAUCCAAACUCUUGUAUCGUUGUCUGGCAAUAACUGAUCUGUUGGUAGGUCUUGUUAGCCAGCCUCUCUAUGCUACUUAUUGGAUGUCCUUGGUUUACGAAAACUGGAGUCUUUGUCGAUACGCAAUUGAUACCGUUUGCGUAACAGGCUACACAUUGUGUGGAGUUUCUCUGUUUACAAUGGCGGCCAUAAGCUUAGAUAGACUUCUCGCCCUGUUAUUAGGGCUGAGAUACAGACAAAUUGUAACGUUGAAGCGCACAUAUAUCAUUGAAGCCAUCUUUUGGAUUAUAUGUAGCGUCGGUGCUUUAUGUUAUUUGCUAGAUUACCGCAUAACCUUUUCGUGUGGCUGUUUCAUUAUUUCAUCUUGCCUACUAAUCUCAAUCAUCGCGCACUCAAAGAUUUUCCUCACUCUUAGUCAUCGACAGGCUCAAGUACAUGAUCAACAACAGCCGAGCCAAUCAAAUGCACUGAAUAUGGCGCGAUACAGAAAAGCAGUGUACAGUGCGCUGUGGGUGCAGUUAGCAUUUGUUAUUUGUUAUGUACCAUAUAGUGUAUUGGUUAUCACGCUUCAUUUCAGAAAGUCAUAUCCAUCACAUUCCCUCAAAGGAAUAGCGACGGUGUUUGCUUUCUUUAACUCUACUUUAAACCCGUUUCUGUACUGCUGGACGAUCAGUGAAGUAAGGCAAGCGGUAAAGCAGACAAUCAGGCAGGCAUCUUGCUUCUCAUGGAUCUAG